AUGGAAGUCAAGAGGGAUCUGUUGCAUAUUGUCGAACGAAACCAGGCUAAAUUUGAUGCACUUGAAGCUUACGAAUCCAUAUUGGCUGGAAAACGAGAACAACACCCUCAAGAUUGCUUAGACUCUAUUGUGGACAUCCGCGAGUACGAUGUCCCUUAUCAUGUUCGAUUUGCAAUUGAUAAUGGUAACCAGUUUAGUCAAACCAGAAUAUGUAAGGAGUGGGCAAUGUGUGUUGGCGAAGACAUAGAAGAUCUGGAAUAUACACCCAAACCAGAAUUUGAAGGCUAUUUCAAAGUCACUAAUGUUAAAGACGAGGUUGAACUCCUCCAAAAAUGGUUUUCUCAUAUGCAAGAGUUGAAACCUGGAAUUUAUGUUACAUACAACGGAGACUUUUUUGACUGGCCAUUUAUAGAACGAAGAGCAUCUCAUCAUGCAAUCAAAAUGAAUGAGGAACUGGGAUUCCGUUGUGAUCUUAAUCAAGGCGAAUGCCGAGCUAAAUUCGCUUGCCAUUUGGAUUGUUUUGCUUGGGUAAAACGUGAUAGCUAUCUUCCUCAGGGAAGCCAUGGUCUGAAGGUUAAUUCUACUUCUUUCUCUUAGCGAUGAUUUCAUCUUUUACGGUCAUAUAUAUCUUUAGUUAAGGA